AUGAACUCCGCUAGUACCGCACAACGGUUGAAGCUACUACAAGACCUCCCUUUGGAUGUCCUCUUGGAAUUGAUUUCAUUCUUGCCUGUACCGGAUGCCCUUUCAUUGGUCUCUACAUCGCAGAGGCUACAUAUUCUCCGAUCCAAUCACAGUUUCUGGCAUAUACUUGUCCAAACUCUCCGCCAUUCUUCUAUUCCCCUUGCUUGCCCUUCAUUCGUAGAUUGGACUCAGAAUUUGAAGACUUUGGCAUUGCGCACUCUGCAACGUCAACAAAUCCUUUCAUCUCCAAGCCCACAUCCUGUUCGAGUCUCGAAGUACUUGGGAUACACUCGCGACAUCGAGUCGAUAUCUCCUAUCAGCGGUACCAACCUGUACUUGACUUGUGACUCCACAGAUGGCAGGGCUAAAUGCUGGGAUUUGACCAAGGGGACAGUGCUGUCCGAAAUUUUCAUUGGCAGGAACAUCCUGGCAAAGAGCACUCUAUCGGCUGAAAAAGGGAGAUUCUUGGUCUGUUUGCUCGUCGCAGAGACGACACAUGAAUUUGUUGCGACAUCUGUGGUUGUGCUUCGCUUGGACUACGACGUCCUUAUCAACAACUCUCCUUCCCUUUCCUAUUCCUACUCGAAUGUCCAGUUGUCUGUCCUUCAUCGUUCAUCCCUCGAUGCUACCUUUCCAGCAAUGUAUCCCUCCUGCGCCAUCAACGAUCAGGGUCUUAUAGUGAUCACCAAAAUGGCGACAUCCAUUCAUCUCAUUGCAAUUAAUGUGAAUACUGAUGUGAAGUAUGUUAUUGAGACGGAUCUGACGGAAUUAGAGUUGGACUCUGUCGACCUUUCAUUCAGCGAGAAAGACCUUAUCAUCACUGCCAGUAAUUCUAGGUCUUCGUGGAUGUAUAGAUGUUCAAAGGACAACCUCCCUUAUUCUGAUUCCGAUGUCACAGGGUCACGACAAGAGCUCAAACUCCUUUCAUCCAGCACAGACAUGCCUUCUCCUACAACCACUCUUUCCUACGAACGGUGUGGUUUCUACGCGAGUGGAAUCCAAACGACAAAUCACAGCACCACAUCGCCCAAAAACCGAUUGGCAACAACGGCAUACUAUGUCACUCAAUGCGGAAGAGAGCGAUACACUGAAUGUUGUUUCUGGGAUUUCGACCUGGCGCAAAUCGAUGGUGUAAUUCAUACCCAAGCAGCACACCAGUGUCGGCUUCCAGGCCUGCAAUUUUUCGAGGUCCCGUGCUCAGGCUCCGAGUCUGGUGCAUGGGGAGUCUUUAUAUGCGAUGUGGACUUGGAUAUGGACGGGGUUUUUGCAGAUCAUGAUUUCGAGGUGGACGUUGGAGUAAACCUCACUGCUGCCAAUGUAGCGCGUAACACAGAGUUUGCGCGCACCGCUCACUUGCCGAUUGAUUCAGAAAACUCGAAGCCUGAAAUAUUCUUGGUGCACUAUGAUGCAUUUACGCGGACAUCAAGUGUACAUCGACCAGUACUUCCCAAGUCGCUCCCUGAUUUCUGCGAAUCGCGUCUGGUACCUCCGCCCUAUUCAUGGGUUAACGAUAUAAAGAGUAUCGAGUUUGAUGAGCGGCUGGGGAUUUUAUAUAUCAUGAUGGAGGGGUUAGAAGGGGGUGUGCUUUGUGGAAUUGAAUUUCUUUGA